GCUCCCCUCGGCUCCGCGGCGCUCCCCUCCGCUGCGCUUCUGCCCGGGGCGCGCCCAGCCGCCGCUGCCUUCGCUGCCGCUGCUGCUGCCGCUGCCGCAGGUCCUCCGCCGCUCCGGCUCACAGGAUCACUUCUCCCUGGUCCCCAGGCCCUUCUGCUGCAGCCCCUGCCUGGGCCAUGUCUUCCUCAGAUGAAGAAACGCUCAGUGAGCGGUCAUGCCGGAGCGAGCGGUCAUGUCGGAGCGAGCGAUCUUACAGGAGUGAGCGGUCAGGGAGCCUGUCUCCCUGUCCCCCAGGGGACACCUUACCCUGGAACCUGCCACUGCAUGAACAGAAAAAGCGGAAAAGCCAGGACUCGGUGCUGGACCCUGCGGAGCGUGCUGUGGUCAGAGUCGCUGGUAGAAGCCAACCAGCUUCCUGGCUCCGCCUUGGCUCUCCUGCAGAAGCAGAACUGGUGCCCCUGGCUCGAAUCUCCGCCCCGACUUAG